GUUCAGACAGAAAGAACAGCAAUAGGAUUAGAGCACAGUGAGGAUGAAUCCUCAACUCACACUGUUGAUCCUCUGAAGGGCACGGCAGACAAACACGUCGCUUUUCCUCUCCAUCUCUUCCUACUUUGUGCAUGCUUGAUGGCCCCAGCCGAGGAGAGGACCUGGUCCUGUCUGAAUGGGAUUCUCUUGGGAUAAUUUAGGUGAAAAAUUGGAUGGAUUGACAAGACCUAAACUCCACUACAUGAGGAUCUCUGGAUUAGAGGACAUUUGUCACUGCAAGUAGUUGCCAAAUGGAGCCUCCAAAGCCCAUGAAGAAAGCCCUGAAGAAGCGUCGCUCCAGUCUCUUUGCCAGCAUCAAGCGAGAAGUCAGCUUCUCCCAGAGCGUCGAGGAGGACGACUUCCCCUUCUCCCAGGACAGCUCAGUGAAAGCCUGGACCUCCAUGGACGAUCUGGAUGUCUCCUUCACCGAGAACAAAGAGAGCGGGCAGGGGGCCAAGGACGGCGGCCGGAAGGAGCUGAAGUCCGCCCUACGGCAGCCCAACAUCGUCAACGUCAAUGUGGGGGGCAAGGUCUUCCACAUCCCCAAGCACCUGGUCCUCCGCUACCCCAAGACCCGGAUCGGGAUCCUGGCGCUCUGCAAGGACCCGGCCAAGCGGCUGACCCUCUGCGACGACUUCAACUUCCAGAAGAACGAGUUCUUCUUCGACAGGGACCCCAUGUUCUUCCACUACAUCUUCCACUUCUACUGCAGCAACGUCCUCUGGGUGAUGGAGAGCCUCUGCCCCAUCAACUUUGAGGAGGAGGUCAAGUUCUGGGGCUUGAGGAUGAGGGACAGCCCGAGGUGUUGCCGCAUUCUUUUCGAGGAGAAGGUGGACGACAUCAGGGAUCAGCUGAAGGUGAACCAGGAGCUUAUCAACGAGAUUAAGCCGCACCAGGACGACGAGGGCUACAGGAAGAUGUUCCUGGGGGGCCUCCGCAAGCCGCUCUGGGACCUGAUGGAGAACCCCUACUCCUCGCUGGCGGCCAAGACCUUCGCCGUCUUCUCCAGCCUCCUGGUUCUCAUCUCCAUCGUGGCCAUGACCUUGAACACGGUGAAGGAGCUCAGGGUGUACAAAGUCUACGGCAAGACCUACAUGGAAAUGGUUGAGAUCUUCUCCAUCCUCUUCUUCACCCUGGAGUACUUCCUGCGCCUGUUGACCACCGCCGACAUCAAGCACUUUGUGAGGAGCACCCUCAACUUUGUGGAUCUGGCGGCGGUGCUGCCCUACUUUCUGCAGAUCGUUUUCGAGCUUUUCGUCAUCGAUUCGGAGAGCGCGGGCGCCCAGGAGGACCUGAAGACCAUGGCCCGGGUCAGUAAGGUCAGCAAGGUGCUGAAGGUGGUGAAGCUGAUGCGCAUCUUUCGCAUCCUGAAGCUGGCCAGGCACUCGACGGGGAUGAGGGCGUUCGGCUUCACCAUCCGCCAGUGCUCCGAGCAGGUGUGCUGUCUGUUCCUGUUCAUCGCCAUGGGCAUCUUCACCUUCUCUGCCCUCAUGCACUCUGUGGAGGUGGACCAGCCGGGCACGCCCUUCAGCAGCAUCCCCGACGCAUGGUGGUGGGCCGCGGUGAGCAUCUCCACGGUGGGCUACGGCGACGUGGUGCCCAUCUCCUACAUGGGCCGCUGCGUGGCCUUCGGCUGCAUCUCCUUCGGCAUCAUCCUCAACGGCAUGCCCAUCUCCAUCCUCUUCAACAAGUUCUCCGACUACUACGCCAAGCUGAAGGAGCAGGAGUACACGCAGGCCAACGUCGAGCGCACCUUCAAGCUGCGCCAGCGCCUGCGCAGGAAGUUCGACGGCUGCUUCGAGCCGCCCCUGGAGGACUCGGACGACGAGGUCCACUACCGGCCCGAGGGCAGGCGGGACCUCCUGCUGGCCGGGGACUGAGGCCGGCCGGACGGGCACCGGCGACCCACGGCGACGUUGACCCUAUAAGGCCUUAUCCCCCCCCCCCC